UUAAAUGGCUGAGAGAGCAGCUGUAAUAUCAAGAGAUGAAGAGGAGAUCCAAAACAGCAGUGAUGAUGAAGACAGGUUUCUGACUCAAGCUGCUGUAACAGCAUCCUCUGGUUGCUCUGCCAGCCCUUCACCAGACAGCCUUGAUGAAGACAAGGGAAGCUCAGCAGUGCCAGAAAGACUGUCUGUCCUCUCCAGCAGGGCAGUGGCCCAGCUAAAAGCCCUGACUGGGCCAGAGAUGGUUCAUGGUGGCCAGGCGCAGAGGACAGCCCCUGGGCUGGCUGAGCAUCCUCUGGUAGCUGUAGAUGCAUCCUUAGGUGCCUCCUCAUGUCCUGCAGCAGUUGAUAACCUGCUGCCUGUAGACCUUGCCUCCCUGCAUGCCAAAAGCCCCUGCUGUGAUGGCAAACUGAAUUCAGAGGUGCUGCAGGUCCUGAGGGUGCCCGGUGAGCUCGGUGAGGCCCUGCAGGGAGGGACUGACACACAGCAGGCAGGGACUGACACACAGCAGGCAGGGACUGACACACAGCAGGCAGGGACUGACACACAGCAGGCUGGGAGCGGCACUGAGAGCAGCAUGGCCUCUUGCAGUUUGGGCCAUGUGAUUUGGAUGAAGACCACAACAGUAAUGGAGACCUUAGAAAACAAGAAGAAGGAGGAAAAGGAGAAGUACCGGCUCCAGCUAGCAAUGUACCGACGGCUCCUGCUGCUGCGCUCCAUCAGGAGUUUGCAUAGGCAGCUGGAGCAGCAGCAGGCCAGGCUGCAGGAAUGCUAUGGCACGGUGAUAAACACAAAGAAAGAAGUGUUGAAACACAUUUGCCCAACCUCACCCUCACCUUCUCCGUAAUCAUGUUGCUGCCUGCAGAAAUGAGCUUUGCAAUGCCACCCGAGCCGCCUUGCAUGCCAUAGGGGUGGUGUCCUCGUGUGUGCUGAGUGGAGAGGAAACAGCAGCAGGAGCAGAUCAGGAAGAGAGGAGAGAAGGUACAGCGUUGGCCCCUGAAUUUAUCUGGAGGGAAAGAGAGCAAGGGUGAACCUGCGCAAGAAGCUGGCUCCUGAUGCUCAUUCAAAGCCUCAAGGUGAAAAAGGAUUUUUUUGGCAGAUAGGUUUGUAAAAAGAAAAAAAUCACCGCAAACUAGUCUGUCACCUGACCCAUAAAAGUGACUGGAUGCAAGGCUGCUGCCAGCUGAAUAUGUGAUAUGGCACAUCUUCCUUCUACUUUCAGAGCCAACAAAAUUGGAACAGAAUUAGGGUUUUUUUGUCUGCAAGAAUACCUGAAUUUGAAAAGCCGGGAUAUUUGAAACACUAAGGCUCAGGCUUGAUUAUAUCUACCUAGCUGCCUGUUUUUCACAAAACUGCUAAGGACACUGUAUGUUUGCAACCUCUACUUUCCUUUAAAAUUUAUUCAGAUUGAUCAGAAAUUUUUAUGGGAAGGUAGGGCAGCCAAACACACACAGGGAAAGAGUGCAAAUGCCGAAGCCUGAUUUUCUCAGGAAAGUAAUGUAAAAACAAGGGCCUUGUAGUCUGACGUUGCACUGGAAACCCAGGCUGGCAGUGCCAGGGGAAUGUUCAAGGUCUGCACAAUUAUUAAUCUGCUGCUAAUUCCCAGUGGCACUAGCAUCUGCAAAUCAAGCAUAUUUUGUGCCUUACUGCUGUCAUUUAAUGGAAGUUGGUGACAAUUAGCACUUUUUAUCCAGGUGUAUUAGACAUGUGGAAGACCCUGGAGCACUGUUUCUCCAAUUGCAAGGUUAGGAUGCCUGCAGGGAAUUUGAUGUCGGUAUGCAACAAACACACAGGGAAAAUGAAAACAAAAAGAUGCAACUUUCUUGUAUGCAUUUAAAAGGCAAUGUGAGUCACUAUUAUUGAACAGCGAAUUGAAUAGUUGAAUGUGCUGUUUUAGGAUUGGAAGUAAAAUAUUAUUCAAGAAGAAAAGCUACAGAAAAAUUUCCUACUCCAGGAUUUCAAGGGAUGUGGAAAAAUCACCUUUUUUUUCAGAUAUUUAUUUCUGAUCAUGCCAGCUCUCCUUUCCCCCUAUUGUUUUUCUUUUUUUUUUUUUUAAAUAUAAUUGAUUAUCUAGAUAAACAAACAAA